AUGUCUCCAGUAGAAAGUAGCAAUGUAGAGAAGGACAUCUUCCGCGAUACACCAGUCAGAUUUCUAGGCAAGCGAUAUGCCAACGAGGUUGGAGAAGCGUUUCGAUCUCUGGUCAAACCGGUAGUCGUCAAAUUCUCGUACGUCGUCGCCUUCGGCUACGUGGCUGCUGAUUCUGUCGACAAAGGUUUCAAGGAGUCGAAGAAACCCCACGCCAACGACACCGAAAAGGCCAAGAGAGUUGCGAUCAUCGCUGUGGACACGGUUUUGUGGCAAACUUUUGCAUCCGUUUUAAUCCCCGGAUUCACGAUCAACAGAUUCUGCUUCUUCACGAACAUGCUCCUUGAGAAGUCGACCAAGUUGCCAACAAAUCUCCGAAAAUGGACGGUCACCGCCUUGGGGCUCGCCACAAUUCCAUUCAUCGUCCAUCCUAUUGACGCUUUUGUGGAGGAUGCGAUGAAUAAGACUGCACGCAAGGUGUAUAAUUAUUAG